AUGGAGCGUCGACGGCUGCCAGAGCAACCGUCCUCGUCUGGCGCCCCGAACCUCUCGCCUUCCUCGUCUUCCGCUUCUUCAUCGUUGUACGCUCUAUCUUCCUCUUUUUCCUCUUCUCGCAUUUUGGCACAGGCUGGUGAGCGGGGAGCCGACUUGUCUGUGCAUGCGGACAAACGUCGGCGCGUUCCCCGUGAGCUUUCACCUCCUCGUUCUCAGGCUCUCUUCCGAGAGAGUAGCUUCCAUGCUGGUUCGCUGCCGCCGAUUUCUUUGCGGGGCUGCAGCUGGCCAUCGUCCCCUGUCCGGCCGUCAUCUCCGCCCUUCGUCCCUCGCCUCGCCCGCGAGAUUUUCAAAAGCUCCUCAAGGAGACUGGCAAGCGAUUCUGGACCAACUCAUCAAAAGCUUACACCUCCGUGGUCUCUGCGAAACAGUGAAGACAGCCCCGAAAGUCGACCUGUCUCUCCGUGCGCUAGUGAGGAAGCGCAGGCGGCUCAAAGAGAGGAGGCGAGGCACAGUCCCGCCCCGAGCAGACGCAGCAGGCCAGAAAUGCGCCCGUAUUCUCCCUCUCCGCCUGCGCCUUCCUCAAGGAGUCGCUCCAGCCGCAGGCGCUCUUGCUCCACCGGCAGCUUGCGCUCAUCUCGACGCACGUCUGUCGACUCGCGCUCCAGCGCAGACGAAACGAAGAGCGGGAGACGUCAGAGUAACAGAAUCGCGGGCGUGCGAAACGUCUUCUCUGCAAGUCAUUUUCUUCUUUCCUCAGGCCUCGAAGAUGAAGCGGAGACCACUGAAGAGGACGAAGACGGCGGCAAGUCCCGCGGAAGCGGACUUCGCCAUCUUCCAGAGUUGUGCAGGAAGGGACAAAGACCUGCUGUCCUCCACGCAGGCCCCGAAGACUGGUGCGGCACGCUAGCAGUCUGCUCAGCAAGCGACAGCUCAGUCUCCUCCACGGAGGACAGACGAAGGCGAGGAAGGCAAGAGGAACGUGGAGGGGCGCGCCGGCCCCGGAGACAUAGGAGACAGCGGCGGACGCCGCUAGACAGCGACAGCGAAGCUUGUGAGGGCGCCCGCUGCGGGAAACAAGAAGAGGGAGAGCGGGGACAGUCAGAAGGGCGAGAGCAGCGUGCCUCCUCGCGAAGGGCUGCAACUGCAUCCGCGUACGCCCAUCCCGCUUGGGGUUUGUCGAGGGGGCGCAGGAGACAGCUGCGCGCCGGGGCGGAGUGGGAAGGCGUGAGCGAAGACGAGGAGGGCGCUAGACGCGCUGCAUCCCGGCGACGUUACGCGCCGGUUCGUGUGCCGCGGCCGCGUCCUCUCCAGCUUCUGCGUCGCGGUGCAAAACGUGCCAGACUCAUCCCCAGCGCGCCUCUCUACGUCGUCGAGGGCGAGGGCGACUUCUACGCCUCCACCGUCUCCGUUUGCGAGCCGGCCAACGGGCACGCUGCCGCACUCUGGCUCACGCAGCUCGAAGGCGACGAGGAGCAGGAAGAAGAGGGAGACGUGGAAACGGCGUCCGUCGCGAGGUACGGAAGAAAGCGACCGCGGAGCAGAACGGGGGAGAGGCACCUCGACUGGUCUUCCCACGAAAGCGCCAGCAGCGAACGGCUUUCUGGGGAAGCCUCGGACGGCAGCGAAGAGACCGACUCCGACGUGGAGGGCCGGAAUGCUCGGACUCGGCGGCGGACGCGGUGCAGCAGCCAAAGCGAGUCGCCCAGCGACGGAUCUUCAUCGGCCUGUUCACAGGCGCGCACGUGUGCAGACGGCCGAAAGCGAGGAGUGGGAGGGCGAGGCGUCUGGCCUCGUGAUCGGACGCUUCGCAGCAACCGAAGCGUCGUCUCGGUCGCGGGAAGCGGGCGCUAUGGGGGUUUCGCAGACAGUCGCGCCACGCAGACAGAAGGCGAGUCCGCGCCUGCGGCUGAGCCGCCGAACGCCGCUGGGGCAGAUCGUCUCUUCGAUGACUCCGCCGCCAUGCGAAGAAAGGCGCGAGGCGGCGAGGGGGGGUCGAGAGGUCGUGUAGCUGAGCGGGGUAGUCGGGGCGAAGCGAGAGGUGCGACAGCCUGGCAAGAGGUGAAGAGUGAAGGCGGACGAGAGAAGCAGACAGGUUGGUCAACACGCGUGGAUGCUGCAGAGGCCGUGCGGACAGACAGGAAGGGCGAGGCACCCAGAGGAGGGCUUCAAGAAGGGAGAACACGCGCAGGAAGCUCAAGUGCGGAGUGGCUGGGAAGGGAGGGCGGCGCCAACCCCAGAAGAGGCGCUGACGCGAUGCGAGGCGGGCAAGACAAGCGAGGGGAGUCACAACCCCGAAAUGUCGCCGUGAAGCAACCGAGCGCGAUGCGAGCGCCUCCACGACCAGCGAAGCAAACCAGUUUGAAGGCGGCGGGCGCAUGUCAAGAGUACUCGAAGCAGUCCGGAAUGUUCCUGUCGAGAGACGAACGACGAAGGAGGCGGCGACUCGUUCUCGCCGCGUAUCGGCUCGUGUCCCUCGCCUCUCGGGCGUUCUUGCCUGCUGAGGAUGAAGGGAAACACCUCACGGCCAGAUCUGAUGAAGCCCUCUACGUCUCGAUUGAGGGGCGACGAUACAGACUGGAGAAGCCUGUUUUCCACGAGGCGACCGCGUGGCUUGAGCAAGUUGAGAAGUUGCACUGCUGCCGGGAUCUUCUAUUCAUAUGGCAAGCUGCGGUUCUCCACCCUCUGCUCUCCGCGCCGGUCGUCGCCGCGCUCGCGCUCUGGGCGGUUGCCUGGCUCAUUCCGGCGCUGCGGCCUGCGACGUCCUUUUCUCACUCCCGCGUGGUCGACCCGCCUUCGUCCGGCGCCGCCGCCGGUAUUCAGGCUCGCGCCGGGAUCUCGCCGGCCCGUUGGGCUCCAGCCCCGACAGCCGGCGGCGACUGCCACGCGCGCUCGCUCAACUACCGGUUGGUGCUCGCCCUCCUCGCGCCUCCGGCGUUUCCGCAUGCGUUUUCAUCGUCGGAGGCGCUGGGUGUGCGCGAGCCUCGAGGCGCCGCGGCGAACGGCGUGACGAAGCCCGUGGAAGUCGGUCUGAGCGAUAGAGCCGACAACGGAAGGGCAACCGCGGUGGAGAGGCGCUGCGGCGACGUCGCCCGCACCUUCCGCGCUCGCGCAUGGACGCUUGCCAUCGCGCCAGCAGGUUCGUGCCGCUUGGUGAGUCUGCGGUGCAUGCUUGAGGCGUUUCUCCUCUCUCGCGCGACGUUCGCCGUCGGGUUCCUCUCUCUCUUCGCGGCGUGUCUCGACGACUCUGACGGCGACGCGUUCGUCUCUCAGGCGACGCAUGUGGCGCCUCUGGACGCGGCCGAGAGGCGCGAAGGCGCGCCGGCGAUCGCUGUUCACUCCACGCCUUCGGCGUCCAUCGGCGAAGGCCAGCAGAGUCCGCGAGCCGCAGACGCCACGCGAGGCGACCGAGCACGCGUGGCGGCGUUUGUUGCUUCUGUGGCUCGCGCGAGUCUCUUGGCUGGCGUAGGCAGCUUGAGGACCGACGUGCACGAGCUCGACUUUUUGCGGGUGUUCACGAAGGAACCGCGGAGCCUAGCCAAAGCGCGCGCCGCGCCGAGAAGCCUCUCAGUCCGCGCGACAGGCUGUGGGGUGUCAGGCGGUCCGCAUCCAGCCUGGGUGCCCUGGCUGUGCGCUGUCUCUUCUGCUUCGGCCCCAACGUCGCUUGCGUCCCUUUCGCUCGAGUUGAACGCCCUGCGAGCCUCUAGUGCGCCUGAGGUCCGCUGCCAACCGGAGGGAGCGGCGACGGCGGCGGUCGCGUGCAAGGCUGGAGGCGCUGAGAGCGCGGCCGGGGUCGAGGGAAAGGCCUCGAAGGCCGCUGACGAGGCGAGCGCCGACGCCGUCUCCGUCGGCCGCGAGAGUAGCCCGCAACCGCCCGCAGGGCCUGGGAGCCCAGGGCGUGUCUCCACGCCCGAGCUUGUCCCCUCGUGCGUCUCGGCGAGUUCGCUGGCUGAAACAUCAUUCGUGUGUUGUCCUGUGGAGGUGAGUCCGGCGUGCGGCGGCCCGUGUGCCUGCGGACUUCCGCGGUUCGUGGUCGAAGUCCGUGCGGAGGCCUCGAGCAGGACGAGCUCCCUGCUGCUCGCCCUGAUGAGGUCGGACGUCUUUUGCAGCGUUUUCGGGGCGUGCCCGCUCUUAAGUGUCUUCCUCCUUAACCUUACCUUUCGUCUGCGGUUCUCGACCGACGCACCUCCUCCUCUGGGUGCCUCCUCGCCGGCUGAGGGGCGACACCCCCCCCUAGGGCCGUUCUGUCCCCCGUGUGCGUCUCCUUCUGCUUCCUCUGUCUCUCGUCCCGCUACGCUUGCUUUGUCUUCUCUGCGGGGACCUUCGCCUUCGGUCUCCUGCUCCUUGGAGUCGACUGGGGCCGAGUGCCCUCCACCUGCGUUCCCUUCUUUACUGCGCUGUACUUCGCCGUCGAAGAGUGUGUGGCCUGUAUUAGUCCUCCUCACCGGCUUGCGGGAACGCUUUCUCAGUGUUUGCUCCGCGCUGUCCUCGCCCGCGGCCUCGCCGUCGGCGUCUGCCGACAGCGGCUCGAAAGGGGACUUGCCCCAGGCGUCUCUGACGCCAGCAGAUGGUGCGUCACCGGCUUUACUGACCCCUCUCUCUUCUUGCCAGCUGCCUUUGUCUCCGGCGCUAAAGAACCUUUUCGCGGAAAUUGCCGUCUACGGCUCUCACGUUGAUCCAGGGGGCAUGCGGAGGGCCGGACAAAAUGUGGCAGGUGACAAGUCACGUUCCGCGGCGGCCCCCGUGGGCUUCUCUUCCUCCGACGCGGCGUCCCUCGGCUCCUUUGCGCCUCGCACAGAUACCCCGACGUCUGCGGACGAUGCUGAGGAGCGGGUCGCAACCCUCGAUGCUCUGCUUCAGCACCUGGGUGCCGUGCUUCUGUGGGUCGUUUCUUGCCAAGCGGCCUGCGCGAGUCUCUCAAAGCCGCAGCAUCCGCCCGCUUCCUCGCCUGCGUCUUCGUCCGCUGCGUCCGAGACAGGCUUGGCUCUCCAGUCGCCGUCUGUCGGGGCUUGCCGCGCACUGGCGCGCGAGCUGAAGCCGCUUGCGCAGGCGCUGACGGAGUGGAUGCGCCUCGUCGCAUGCCUGCGGCAGGCGCUUGCGUGCCGCCCGUCUUUCGAUGGUCGCUUGCCGCGCGGCGGGACAUCACCCCUGCUCUGUUCACGGCCUUCACCGUCGUCAGACGCGACCUCCUCCCCGCGCGCUGGCGCCUCGCGGUUGCCGUUUGCCUCCACCGGGUUCGCCUUCCUUUCGUGGGCUGCGCCGGUGGCGGCCUCUGUCUGCGAUGCGCUACUGCCGUCGGCUCACCCGCUGUCCGCCUCCGCUCUCCUCGCCUCGCUGCCGAGUGGCGACCUCGUCGCGCUUUCUUCCGCGAAGCAGGCGGAGGCUGUGUCUCGCCUCACUGCUGACGAAGGCGAUGAGAGACGUUCUGAGGACUUGCGGGAGCGAGAAGAGAAGAGGCGGAACGAGGGGAGACAGCGAACGGAUGAGAUGCGCCAGGCUGCGGAAAAGAAAGCAGGCCGCGAGAGCCUUCGUCUGCUCCACGAACUCUUCGUUGGAGAAGAGAGAGGGCACCCAGAGCCCGAUGAGCGCGUGCGUCUCUCUCGCAUGCCUGCUGGCGUGUGGCUCGCGUCUCCCAACCGCCCAGAUGCACCGUUGGCUGCUUCGCCGGGGUCUUUGGAGGCGCGGAUCGAGCAGGAGGAGCCGGGGGUUCGGCUGAUAUUCGAAGCCCUCACGGGGGGGGCGACGGCCCAGCGCGGGUGCACCGGUCCGCCGGUGACGUCAUCCCGCGCGGACUUGUCUCUGCUCGAACAAGCAGUGACAAAAGGCCUGAUUGGCCUCGCGUGCGCGGCGCCUCUCGGAGACAUCACCGCCGACGGCGAGUCCGGCAUCGCGCCCCACCAGCUAGAGGGUUCGCUGGGAUCGUCGCCUCAAGAGCAAUUUCCGCGGCAAUUGUUUUCCGCUGAGCGUGAGCUCUCGCGCCUCUGCGGUUUCUCUGCCCGGCUGGUGUAUGCCCAGCUGGGCAAGCUUGAGCGGCUCCUUCGCUUCGCCGACCUGACGAAGAGCGCCCGCCACCUGCUGCUGCAUGCGGCCUCGUGGGCACGGAGGAGGCGCAAAGAACGCGAGAAUGGUCGAGGGAAACUGGAGAGCGACUUGCGAGCCGCACCGCGAACUGAGAAGGAAAACAACCCGUGUCCUGCGGCGCACGCGCCCGACGCGGAGGCCUCUCUGCACAGAGCACACGGUCGUCUAGGGCCUUCUUUCCGGACUUCCGCAGCGGGCGCGAAUGACGACGAGGCGAUCUGUGGGAAUGAAUUUAGCUUUCUGCAGCUGCGCGGAUGCCUCUGCGUGGACCGUGGCCUGGACGCGUUAGCGGAGCUCUGUUUCUCGCCGCAUGCCUCACAGCCCGGCACGGUGAACGUCUCGCGCCCACGCGGGACCUCUGCAACACCCGCCCCGGCCUCGCUUGAACUUCUGCUCCCUCUUCCCCUCGCUCUCCAUGCCUGUGCGGCUGCUGCAUGCGCGUCGCCGCACAACGCGGCGCUCGCCCUCUUCUCGCUUCCCCCCGGCCGAGCCAAGGGCGCCCCACAGGCUGCCGCGGAGGCCGAAGACCGCGGCGCGGGCCAUGGAGUCGCUCUCACGUCGCCUCCCGCGCCAGAGGUGCCAAGCAGACUCGACUCUCCUGGGCGAGGUACCUCAGGGACGGUGGAUGCCCCCGGUCUGCAGAUUUGUCCUUCACUUCCAUUCCUGCGCCUCUGCGUCGCCCGUGUGGUGCUGCGUCUCCAGGCCGCUUUUCUGGUACCUGGGGUCGCGCCUCUGUCCCUCGCCCCUGUCUUUCGCGGUCGCGCGCCGUGCGCUCCUUCGUUCUCGGAGGUCUCGCCGGCUUCGCCUCUGUCUUCUUGGCGCGCCGCAGCGGAACGGCAGGAGGAACCCGAAGGCGAGGCUCGAGGCCGCCAGCCCUCCUCAGUGAGGGUGUCCCACUGCUUGUCUCUCUUGCCUCGGUGCGAGCAGCUUGUCUGGGCGAAUCUGUACGAUGCGCUCUCCGCGAAGGGGAGGCUGCGCAGCACGAAAAGCAAAGAUGCGUCUGAGAGGUUGCUGCCCUCGUCUGCCGCCUCCUCGCAGGAGCCGCUGGCGCUCGCGGCUCGCGGGGUUUUCCCGUCGGCGGUUGUCGCAGGCAACCUGGCGUCUCUUCAGAAGAGUCCUUCCUCGCUUUCCGCGUCCCUUUCUCUUGCGCUUCCCUCCUCGCUGUGGCUGUUUGCCACCUGCAGCCACGAAUUGUUUUCACGGCUCCUGUGGCGCGAGAUUUCAUCCGACGAGAGCCUCGCUCUUGAGAUCGGCUUCGCCUUCUUCCGCGAUGAGAACGGCGACGACUGGGACGUCUUCCUCUCGCCCUCGCUGCGCUCCUCUCACUCUCCCGCCGCGUUGCAUGCGGAUGCCUUCACUGCACCCGCUGUCUCUGCCAAGGAAGUCUACGGGUAUCGUUCCGAACUUCUCGACGCUCUCGCGGUCACUCUCGCGCUUCCGCGGCUUCCCGACCUCCGCGCCGGGACGCGCAGACCGCGCAAGAGUCAGGAUGAAAAACCGACAAAACCUGGCGGCGCUCCGGUUAGCAUGCGCGCGCCCUUGAAACUGCGAGGCUGCGGCAGACGCCCUCUCCGCGCAGCGCGCGCUCACGUGAGAAGAAAGCGAUCCCCCAGCACCAGCUCGUCUUCGUCCAUGGGGUCGUCGUCGGUGGUGGAGGGCGGAGCAACUGACAGCGAUUUCCUCCCAGACGCCCGCGACAGCCCGCGCGUCCAGCGGGCCUGCGCCGGCCGCCCCGAAAGACGCUGCGGGCGCGAAGAGGAAAGCGCGGAAAGGCGCCCAAGCAGGACGUUGGCUGGGAGGCGCGUGCAGGAGGGUGAGGUCUGCAGGCGCGACGAAUCGGGAAGGAGACAGCAGUUCUGCCGAUCCAUCUCCUACGCAGCUCCUCCGGCUUCUUCGAUUUGCGUUGACGCGCCUGCCGCAGAGGCCUGCCUCAGCCUCGCAUCGCCGGCCUUUCUGUUUCGCCUCUGCCGCUUGGCAGCGUUUCGCGUCGUCGGCGCCUUCCUUGAGAAGAACGAGAGGUCACAGUACGCAGCUAUGCUGCAGCGCGCUUCGACGCGGCCUGGCGACUGCGGGGCUUCGUCUCCAGAAGGCGCUGCGGGAGGGCGAGAAAAUGACGCAGCCCCUCGGGACUCAGUGCACAGCGGACUGCCCAGCGAUUUGGGCUACGAACGCGGCGCCUACUUUGCAGGCGAAGGCCGCAGAGGCUUAGAUGGAAGCUACAGGGCUGGGGCUGCCGGGAGCGCCAGGCAGGCUCGAGACGAGUUCGAGGCGGACUCGACGGGCUCUGACCACAGCCUGAGAGCCGGCAGGGGCGAGGCCUUACGCUCUCGAGACGCAGGGGAGAGCCGCAGGCGAGGCCGACGCAGGGGUGAGGCGUUUGACCGCGACCGCGCCCGCGAUCGUGCCGUUGACUCGGAGUCGGAGUGGGAGAGCUCGCUAGAGUCGAGUGUCUCCUCGGGCGAGACUCAGACUGAAAACGAUCUCGACCCGGGGGGGCACUUUGAAGCAGAGGAAGUAUUCGGGGUUCCAGCGAGAGGGAGCCUGACGAGGUUGGCGUUCGUGCGUGCGACAGAGUCCGAGCGGCGGAGAUUGGCUUCUGGCUCGUCGCGCGGAGAUCUUUCUGCGGAGUCAACAGGGGCGCUCGGGCAGCGAAGGAGACGGGACUUAGAGAGGCAGAGCACUCGCUGCUUGCACCACGGCUCUCGCGCAUCGGUCUCCCGCUCCCGAGGGUGGCGUCAUUUCAAUUUGUUCUUGCUUCCACUGCUUCAUCGCCCUCUGUCUUGCGUUACACAGACGACGCAAGCAUUGGUUUCGGCCGGCAGGCCCGAACGAGAGAGCCAAGAAGCCGCUCCACCGUCGGCGUUUUGUCUCGGCCGCGAGCGCUCGGGUGCCGCAUUCCCGCCGCUGCAUGCGUCUGCACCGUCGGACUGUCCUCUCACUUCGAGCCCUGCUUUGUCUGCCCACGGCAGCGCAUCGGCGAUUCCUUCUUGUUCACCACGUCGCUCGCCAUCCGGGCUUGAAGCUCAGGGGCCGAGCGGCGAAUGCGGAGUGGAAAGCGCGUCAGCCGUCGCCGGCCAAGUGUCGGGGGUGUCCGCGCCGACGUCGCUCUCUGCUGGCGAGACCAGAGACCUUCAAGCGCGGGGAAUCGCGUCGUGUCUGGGGCUUCUGGGUGCACUGCGCGACGCCGGCGGAUCCCUCUUCUGUGCCUCGCUCUCCGCGGCGGACUCGGAGAGGUAUGAAGAAGGCAGCGGCAGCCGCGUUCGAGGCGGAGGAAAGGGGAGAGAAAUACGACAGCGCCAAAUGGCGUGCGCCGUGGACAAGCUCUUCGAAGAGCUACUGUUCCUUCUUCUCCCCGGCAACUCGACUCGACUUGCCGCGAACGAAACGAAUUUCGACCUCCCUGCGAACGCCUCGUCACUGCUCGGUGAGGAAGGCGAGGAGAGCGAGAAGCCGACUGAGACCCCAACAGCCUCGGGUGUGAGACUGCGAGAGGCGCGCGAUGCUCACCAGCGACUCGCAGAUAGCGAGCGAGAAGCGAGGCAGCUGGCGAUGCGCGGUGGGUGUCCCAGCGAGCGCGCGCGCUUCCUCAAAGGAUGCCGACGCAUCGACACCCCCUCCUCCGCACUCGACAGGACACGCAGGCGCGACGCGAGCACAGAGAAAAGCCAAAUUUUAUCGACUUCAGAAUACGACGAUUGCGGUUCGGAGUGCGACGAGGAGAGCGCCGACGAGGAGAAAGAAAAUGACUCACUCCCGGGGACUGUGCCGCGACGCGGGCGCCGAGCCGAUCGCAGUUCUGCGCCUCGCGCCACCUCUCGCCGCUCCCGGGGCCAUCAUCGCCGCGACAGAAUGCCCUCCUUGGCGUUGUCUCCCGCCUCCUCGUCGCGGGCUUCCUCGCGGGCGGGCCAUCCCCUCCGCGUGCUGCCUGCUCCGUCGCGGUCGUUCGCCGCGGAGCCGCCACCGUUGUCUGCCGUGUCUGCGCCGGGCGUUCACGCGGCGUCUCUGCUUCGGCUAAGUCGGGUCACGAAUGCACUGUUCUCGCCUCUAGUCCUGUUUCUGUUAGAGCGUCUGCUGGCGGCAGCGUCGGUCCGCUCGCUGCCAGUCUUCUGCUCGCGGCUCGCCGCCCGGCUCGCCCUCUGGCCGGCCCCCGCGCUGCUGGGGAGCCUCCUGGAGGAGCGCCGGAAGGAGCGCCUCAGGGAGGCGCCAGACGAUGGGGAGGCGGAGGCAGAACGGUGUCGAGAGGUCUUCCUCCUGCCGCUCCGCAUGGCCGCUGCGCUCUGCCGCCGGUGCCUCAGAGUCCUCGGAGAAGAGAGCGGAGGGCUACUGCUGCUGCUGGCCGCGCACGCGGCUGGGGCCGCGACCACGGGAAGAGACCUGGAGGAGGCAGGGGGGGGGCACGUGCAGGAGGGAGAGAGGGCAGCGAGCGCGGGCUUGCGUUCCGGAUUCGCCGCCGCAGACCGCGGAACUCGAGCGGCGCCCGUUUUUGUAGGUCAGGGCGUGUGUGUUGUGACCCGCGACGCGAAGGAGGAACUGGACGUCGAGAAGGCCCUCGCGCUUCUGAACGAACUCCUUUCCGGGCUCCGACUCGCGCUCUGGGCCGCCCUCGAGUGCUGGAAGGAGGCCGCGCCGCACCUGGCUCCGCGUUUCGCUCCGUCCGGCCCUGCGACGCAUCGUCCCGGCGUGUCCGACGCGCCUGCGGACUCGUACCGACCUGUCUCUCCCCGCAGCCGCGAGGCAUCAGCUCCCCUCGCCCCGCUCGCCAGCGCGCCUCGGGGCACCACGCGGCGCGACGAGGAGCUAGCGCAUGUGCCUGCAGCGCUUCAGGUGACCCUCCGGAGCCUCGCGACCGCGAGUGUGCGGUUCUGUCUCCUUCGGGAGACUUCUGCGAGGCCGCAGGGCGGCGACGAGGCAACGGAUCGCGACGGGCGGGCCGCGGCCGACGCACUGGAAGCCGACAGACGGUGGAAGAAGGAAUUCCAAGGCGACGUGAUGUGUGAAGCGGAAGCCGAAACAGACGCGGUGCGCGAGGCGGAAGGCAAGGCUCGCGGGGCAACGAAGGCGGCGCUCUUUGACGACGCGGGCAGAGGCGAGCGCCUGGAACGGAGCGUUCGGAAGCAGCAGAAGCGGCUGGCGCUGCUUCGUGCCGCGGAGCACUUUGUGAGCAACAGCGAGCAGACCGUGGAGUUUUUGCAACGUGUUGCCACCGAGGACAUCGUUCCGCUCCUCUCGCACUUCAGGCCGGAUCAGGUUUUCCCAACUUCGUUUGGCGGGUCCCCACGCCGGGGUCCGUCGCGCACGCAAGGCGCCCUCGACAGGCUCCUCUUAGACGCAAGCCCGGAGUCGUCUUCUGCUGCCCUUGCGGAGCUCGAAAGCGACCGCAAGCCGUUGAGACAUGGGGGAAUCGACGAGCUGCAUGUCGCUGAGGACGAGGCGUCAGCCUCGAGCCCAAAACGCGAAGCCAGAUACGACGUCUUUCGAAAGCAUUCUCACCUGUUUUCGUCGUCGUCUGCUCUUUCCUCGGCCUCAACGCCAGGCUCCCACGCUCCACGGGCAGAUCCUAGGAGCAAGGCGGCAGCGAGGAGCUGCUUCUCAGGGAUGCUGCCAGACGGUUUGGAAGCUGACGAGGACGAAGGGCUGCGCGGUGACGCCUCUCCGUCCGGAUGCGAGGAUUUUCCCUCGCUGCUUCGUCGGCUCGAAGCCCUCCGCUCGCGGUGGACGCUUGAGGCGCGGAGACUUGCGCGCCUCCGCAGUCGGCUUCUCCUUUCGGCGUCGCCUCCAGGAGGCACCGUGCGCCUGCGACCCGACGCCGAGGGUAGAGGUGCCUGGACAGGGGAGGGAUUCGAAUCUGGAUCCUCUUGCUCACACGCGAACUGGCAAUCCCUUGUGGCGCGCACUCGUGCAGAGGAAGCGGGCGAGGGGACUCCGAUGGAGGCGGCGCUCAAAUCGCUGAGAGGCGCCUGCGAGGGAGGAGCGGGCGGGAACGCGAGCCGACGAGACGGCGGCGAGCGCGAGGCGAAUGCGUCAUUCCAGAGGCCUGAAAGACAGCUAGAGAUGUGGGGACGAAGAGACAGCAAGCGCCGCCGUGACGACGACGCGUGGCGAGAGGCAGGGGACGCCAGGAAUGAAGAAGCAGAAGAGUAUGCGCAACUGCUUGAUGCACUGAUUGAUCCGAGCUUCCCCGACCCCAUGCGCCUCAUCGACGAACCCCACGGCGAAGCCGCUCAGCUUUCUUGUGAAGAGGACGAGAUUGCGGAAGAUGCCCUAGAGGCUGGCGCGGCGCGCGCUGUCGCAACUCGCGAAAACCUCCGUGAAGGGAAGUCGGGCGUCUACAGACUCGCGAGCGACCCUGGGGCAGACGAGAGUGGGGAGCGACGAGAGCGGAAGCGCGCACUGACGCUCAUGCGGCCCGGAAAGAUCCGCCCGGUGUGGUUUUCCUUCAUCAACUCCCUCUUCAACUCCGGCGCACCCCACUCGAGCUUCAAAGAGGAAAAGAGGUAG